AUCAAAAGAAGAAGAAAAAACCCCGACAAAGACAAAGAGGACGGACGGCACGUGGUCUGUUUCCAGUUUCUCUAAAAAUAUCUUCAGUCCAGUUUAAACGAGUUUAUCAACGAGCCGUUAACUGCUGCUGAAGAAACAUUCACAGAGUUUAAAGAAAUCAUCGUCAAGUCGGAGGAAGAGAUGGAUGAUCAUCGCAGACUGCUGGAUUUCUCCCGGAGGCCCCAGAUAAUCUUACACCGAAUAGAUUGCCUGCAGUGUAACAUUUAUUACCUGGAGAGGAGAUCCACUCGGGACCAGGAGGAGUUGGAACCUCUGCAGGUGAAACAAGAACAGGAAGAGCCAGAAGAUAUUCAGAUAAAAGAAGAGCAGGAGGAUCUAAAACACCAGCAGAUAAAAGUGGAAGAGAAAGAAGUUUACUGCAGUCAGGGUGAAGAACAGAUUGAAUUAAAACAGGAGACUGAUACCUGCAUGGUGGUUCCUGUUGAUGAGCAAACAGACCACACUGAAUCAGAACCAAACAGGAACCAAGUCAUCUUCCAGGAAGCUGCUGAAGCUGAGAACCAAAAUCAGGAAAGAAGAAAACCUUUCUCAUGUGUCAUCUGUAAAAAGCGUUUGACUUUCAAAUCUGUUUUUGAUGCUCAUAUGAGAACUCAUACGGGUGAAAAGCCGUUUUCAUGUGUGACCUGUGGAGAAAGUUUUAAUCGAAAACAGAGUUUAACUGAGCACAUGAUGAUUCAUACUGGUGAAAAGCCGUUUUCAUGUGUGACCUGUGGGAAAAGUUUUAUUCGAAAACAGAGUUUAACUGAGCACAUGAUGAUUCAUACUGGUGACAAGUCAUUUUCAUGUGUGACCUGUGGAAAAAGUUUCAGUGGAAAAUAUAAUUUAACUGAGCACAUGAUGAUUCACACUGGUGAAAAGCAGUUUUCAUGUGUGACCUGUUUAAAAAGUUUUAGUCAUAAAGCGAAUUUAACUAAGCACAUGAGGAUUCACAAUGAUGAAAAGCCGUUUUCAUGUGUGAAGUGUGGAAAAAGUUUUACUCAAAAACAUGUUUUAACUCAGCACAUGAUUCACACUGGUGAAAAGCCGUUUUCAUGUGUGACCUGUGGGAAAAGUUUUAUUCGAAAACAUGAUUUAACUCAGCACAUGAUUCACACUGGUGAAAAGCCGUUUUCAUGUGUGACCUGUUUAAAAAGUUUUAGUCAUAAAGCGAAUUUAACUAAGCACAUGAGGAUUCACAAUGAUGAAAAGCCGUUUUCAUGUGUGAAGUGUGGAAAA